AAGAGGAUGGGCUGCGGUGCCUCUGCCGAAAACUACACGCCGCCGGGCACCGGCGCCACCGAGGACGGCCCCCGCCUGGUCCUCACAUCCAAGGGGGCAGCCGACGCAAUCUACUUCGAGAAUGCGCACGCGCUCCGCCAGUCCGGCGCGCCGAGGCUUCUGACGCUGCGCAACGGCAUGGCCGUCGUGCCGCGGUACGACUAUCCGCGCAAGCACGAGGAGUGGAGCUAUUGAGUUGGGAUUGGGCCCACGCCACAUGGCCAUGCGCGUCCGGCUCGACGGGGAGUUCCUCGUGCGCGAGCACGACGAGCGCGUGCUCGACAUCGCGUGGUGGAAAUACGAGGCCGGGAACCAUCUCAGUAUCCUAAGGUCGACGGCGUGUCAUCCCGGCCACACGCGCUACGGCAACGGCGGCCGCAGCUUCGUCAUCAAUUCAGACGGGACGAUCUCCCCGAAGCUUGCGCAGCACCUCGUCCUGGGCGCCGGUAAGCCGACCUUCUCCUUCGUGCCUGCCGGGUCGCCGCUUGUCUGCCGCUUCCAGCAGGCCGCGGCCCUCGCCGCCGGCCAGCAGGUCCCGCUCACGCUGGCGAGCCACCCGGGCCUCGCCGUCGUCCAACUCCAUGAGCCGCGCGAGGCAUACCACGAGUGGCACUACAAGGCGCUCGGCAUCGGUCCGGACAGGAACGCGGUCGUGGCCUCGCGCCAGGGAUCGAUGUUCGUCGACAGGGCUGGCUGGUACGUCUGCCCGAGCCAUCUGAAUAUACACCAGGGCAACCACACAGAUCUAGUAGUAAACCGGUUCAACCACCCGGCCCGGCUUCACGAGGAGCACCGGAAGCACGGCGGCAAGCGCCCACUCGACUUCGUGUUCCACGCCGACGGCUCCGUCGCCCCCGCGUCGGCGCCGUACCUGCGCCUCGGGUGCUCGUUCCCGCCAUUAGGCGGCGCGCGCCCGGCGGCCGCCGCGCCCGCGGGGCGAACGCUGCGCGGCCUGAAGAUCGAAAGCGUGGCGCAGACGGAGGUCACGCUCGCGUGGGAGCAGGGCUCCGCGCAGAGCUUCGAAGUGCAGUGGCGCAAGACCGGGGGCGCCUGGCAAAACUUCGCGACCGUCCGGAGGAGCAAGGCGCGCGUGAGCGGGCUGGACGCCGGC